GUUGCGGUCGGUUUCCACGUCAGAGGAAAGAGCGGAGCCGGUUUUCGUCGCUCCGAGGCCGCCUUUCUUCGGCUUUGUGGGACUGCGGCUGCUGACCUGGCUCCCGAAAUGCCAAGACGCCUGCCGACGCCCGCCAAAGCCGGCCCAGUUUUGGACGCCGCCGGAUGGAUGGAAGGGACUGUCAGGAUUGUGGAUAAGAACAUUUACAUUGUACAAGGUGAAAUCAAUACAGUAGUAGGAGCCAUAAAACGCAGUGCAAGAUGGAGUACUCAUGUACGUUUGGAUGAAGAGCGUGAUCCCUUAUUGCACAGCUUCAGUGUUUUGAAAGAAGUUUUGAACAAUGUAACUGGUAAGUCUUAAAAUUAAUACUGUGAAGCAGGAUGUAUUUGCACUGCAGAUACUUAUAGGGAAAAUGACCCUAACUUAAGAAUAUCUCAUCUGAAAAAAGACAUUUGGAUAGAAAAAAGAUCUUACCAGGCUAAUUCUACUUUAUUGUAAAGCUACAUUAACAGA